CGUUAACUUCAGACAGUCUCGAGCUCGUCAGACUUAUAACUGCCGUCAGUCAGACCCUCAGGUUAAAUAAAUUUUGUAAAAGUGACACGUAAACUGAUCAAUCCUCGAAGUAGUCAUCAGCGAGCUCCUCAGUCACAGACCAAGUGCUAUUUGAAUAGAGUAAUAAGUGAUUAGGUUCGACGAUUGUGAAGGUUCAAGUGUUAAUUCGGUGAUCGGUGAUAGCACCGGGCAGGGCGGGCAGAGACGCUGGCACUCACGACGAGAAGGGAACCCGUGAGACAGCGGUUACGAACCGCUGGAAAAUCAUCCAUUAUUAGCACCAGCGUUAAAGUGGUGCUGUCGCCACGGGUCGACGGAUUUCCCACGACGAAAAGAUGGUCAUGAUGGCUGGUAUGGACGAGCACGAGAGAAAAGUCGUCAUGGAGUUCUGUCAUCUGCUCGAAAAGAGCAAGCAGCUGUUCAACGGGUUGCGCGACCUACCCCAGUACGGGCACAAGCAGUGGCAGGCUUACUUUGGUCGAACGUUUGACAUCUACACCAAGCUCUGGAAGUUCCAGCAGCAGCACAGAGCAAUAUUGGACACAAAGUAUGGGUUGAAAAGAUGGCAAAUAGGAGAGAUAGCAAGUAAAAUUGGGCAGCUGUAUUAUCAUUAUUAUUUACGUACGAGUGAGACUUCGUACUUGCACGAAGCGUACUCAUUUUAUGCAGCAAUCCGAGGACGCGCUUACUACAGCCGCGCUGCCAAGGAAGACCGCAGCGACCUUAUGGUAAAGAAGCUUCGCUACUACGCACGUUUUAUUGUCGUAUGUUUGCUUUUGAACAAAAUGAAGCUGGUACGUGAGCUGGUGGGAGAGUUGGACGCCCAGAUCGCCGACUACGCGAGCACAUACGAGCCCGAGGACCAGGUCGAGUGGAAUCUGGUGCUGGACGAGAUAAAAGGAUUCGUCAAAGCCGAGUCGGCGGUGGGUGUCCUCUACGCGGACUCAAACCCCGUGGUGCUGACCCACCGACUGGGCCCACUGACGUCGCCGCCGAUCGAACGAUCGUCACCCAUGUGCCUCACUCUGCAAGAGAUACUAAUCGUCGGCAACUGCGCCGACCAGGUUAAGUUCAGUGAACUCUCAGUGGAUAUGUUUAGAAUGCUACAGACCCUCGAGCGCGAGCCACGCGAUGAUCCAACGCACAUUCACGACGCCUCUCCCGCGGGUCGACUGCCCUUCCGACCUGGGCCCUAUCCGGGCCCGGAAAACGGGAUGCCCAGGCGGGAUAAUCCUCACAAGUACCUGCUUUAUAAGCCGACCUACAGCCAGGUUCAGGUUUUCCUGGCCAGUGGUUUCAAAGAGUUACCGGCUAAUGGAGCGCUUUUGCUUUAUUUGUCUGCUGAUGGAUGCUUUUCUACUGUUAAACAUCCCGAAGAGAUGGGUUACGACCUGGGAGGCGUGUCAACGAGCAGCAAACGUGAUCCGGAGCACGGAAAGAGGCCUAGCGGCGGCAAGGAGCCACACUGUCUCUAUCCCGGGGACUUGUAUCCGUUCACGAGGAAGCCGCUGUUCGUGAUUGUCGACUCAGACAACAGCUACGUGUUCCAGCAGAUACCCAGAUACUUUGGGCAGCCGCUUAUGGUGUUGAUGUCGCCCCAGGAGACGCCCUCGACCCUGAGGGACCUGCGCCACGGAGGCAGUCUCUUCACUCUAUUCCUUCACUCUCCUCUCGCCGCCUUCUGCCUUAUAUGCAACGUCGGUAGCCUCGCCGUGCAUCAUUGGGAACGCUGCCAGAGCUACGUCGAACGAUUCCUCGUUGAGGCAAGCCGGCUCGUCAUUCGUUCCAGAUGUGAAAGCAGCAUACUGCAAUUUUUCGGUGAUGACUUUCUCCGACUGCUGGUGGUGCGCUAUGUGUUCUGCGACGUGGUCCUACACCUGCACAGGUCUUUCCGAGGGCGUCACCAGCGGCCGUGCUGCCACCCGCAACUCCCAGAAGCCGACGUGCUUCAACACCCGGCACUCCAGCACAUAGUCCUGGACCUCGCGGGGUGUCUCGACGCACGAGAUCACUUCCUGGACAGCAAUGAACUAGCCUGACCCCGGCGGGAUUCCUCUCGUCUGGAUCGUGACUACGACACAGUAUCCCCUUCGUUGUACACAAAUUAUCACAAUUACGACUACAAUUACGACAAUUACAAUUACAAUAAUAAAAUCGUUACAUUGAGACCUC